AUGCCGCGCUCCAGUUUCUCUGAUAAUCCUUUGUUGCGGGUUUCUCGGCCUGUAUCUGCCUGUUCGCGAUGUCGAUCGGCCAAGGUCAAGUGUGACGGCAAAUUGCCCGCCUGCACAGCUUGUGAGAAGGCAGGCCGCGAGAAUGAAUGCUCAAGCGCCAAUGAUCAGUUCGCUCGUGGUAAAGAGCGCAGCUACGUGGCUGCUUUGGAGCUGCGCAUCGAGAAGCUCGAGAGAAGGCUCGAAUAUGCUAGGUCUAGGAAAGCUUCAGUGGCUCAAUACGAAUCAGAACCACCUCCUACUCAGCAGCCAGAUCGGAAAGACUCGCUAGCCACCAUCAGGGCUGCGAUUCACCGGAAAGCUGAAAGGACAAGGGAAAACACGGACGUCAACUCCUUAAUGUCCGACUUUGGUUUCUUAUCUAUCAAUGCCACAACAAGAGAUUUUGAGCCUUCCAUGACAAACAUGAACUUUGCCCGGCUCGUUCUGGCAUCUUCAUCAAAUGAUCCGCUACCAGACACGCAGGGCUGGGCAGCGCCCUCCAGAGAGGAGGGUCUCGGCAUCGUUCAGUACUAUAUGAACAAUGUCUUUUCGCUAUACCCGGCCUUCUCGGAAACCACCUUCUACACGACGCUGGAACAAGUAUACAAUCAACCUGAUCGGUCGAUCAAAGAUACCGAUUACUGGCUCGUUUUCAUGGUACUGGCAAUCGGAUCCGUCGCCCAGAGCCAGUCGAGCAAUGAUGCCCACUAUAGAAAUGGCAUGUACUUCGUGUCGAGGGCCAUGAAACAUGCCGACAAGGCCCUGGUUCCAGGCUAUGUUACACAGAUUCAAUCGCUGAUACUACUCACUCAAUACUCCAUGCUAGAUCCCACGCACUUUGAUAGUUGGCACCUGGUCGGCUUCACAGCUCGAGCUGUGGUUGACCUUGGCUUCCAUCAAGACCCACCACCCGAGCAAAUGCCCGACAAGGCCCAACUGGACUUUCGACGAAAGCUCUUUUACUGUGUCUACUCCCUUGACAGGUCAAUCAGUAUGGUGCAGGCACGCGCAUUCUCCUUCACAGAUGCCUCGACCAACGUUGCUUGGCCCAGGGCUAAAUCAUUCAGCCGACGUGCAUCCAUCACUGGGCAAAUGUUGGCGGGCACGGAGCCGGCAUUCCUACUAUUUCAACUACGAUGGGCGCAGUCUCACUGGUACCAGGUCUUGUUUCAGUCCGAUACUGUACCUAUAUCGGAUUCUACUUCUUUCAUUUGGCAAAUGUGCCAAGACAUGAGGGAAUGGGCGGAUGCUUUGCCCAUGAGCCUCCCAGUAGCCAUGAGAGAGAUGUUUGACCUGGAAUUGCGAUACAGCUACGUGUACUGCCUGAUGGAAUCAUCACGAGCACCCAACAUGUCGGAUUACCGCCGCUCGCUCGUGUUCGAACACACAAUUGCCUAUCUGGACCGCUUACAUGAGAUUGUACAGAAUGGCUCCAAGAAUGCAUUCUACACUAGUCACGAUGCAUUGCGAGUCUUCUUCAUGGCUACCAAACUGGUCGCCGUGCUCAACGAGGCCGAGGACCUUAUUGCAGCUGGCGUGACAGUCUCACCUCCGGCUUCACAGCCUGGCAAGCCCUUACCGCCACCACUUCCAAGUCGGCCGGGGGGCUAUGGGCUUGAUAAUCUGCAACGAAGUCUCGACUCUCUGGACCGAGCAAAUCAGAUCCUACUGCGCUGGGGUCAGCGAUGGCAGGAUUCAUCAUCGCUGCAACAAGCACUCGACAUGAUCACAAGUGAUCUAACUCCUCGACUUCGGGUAAGGCAGCAGAUGCGACAGAGGGCGUCGCCGCCACAAGCCAUGGCUCAACCCGCCACGAGAGAGAUGAGAUGGGUCGACGUUGAUGUCGAGGCAAUGAUGAGAAACAAUAGAUGA